AUGCCUAAGGUCAGCAAUUACUCACCAGAAUAUUGUCAUCAAAUGACACCUGCUGACAACCAGCUUCAGAUCACCGACCUCCUCUUCGACUGCGACAACACUCUUGUCCUGUCUGAAGUAUUGGCCUUCAAAGCAUGUGCCAACCUCGCCAACGCCAUCCUGGAAAAACAAGGCAUCUCAGACCGGUAUACGGGCGAUCAACUGAUCAAAGACUUCGUCGGCCAAAACUUCCGCGGCAUGAUGAUGUCGAUCCAAGAGAAAUACAACUUCGUCUUGCCUCAGGACGAGCUAGAAAAGUACGUUGGCCAGGAGAUGGACGAGGUGAUCAAGAACCUGGAAGCAGAGGCCGAGGAAUGCGAGGGUGCGACGGAGCAGCUGGAGAAGCUGGCGCAGAGUGGCAAGUACCGCAUGGCGGUUGUCUCGUCGUCGGCCAAACCUCGCGUCGUGGCCAGUGUCAAGAAGGUCGGCCAGGACAAGUACUUCCCCGAUGAGCUGAUCUUCAGCGCCGCCACCAGCUUGGAGCGACCGACCACCAAGCCGGAUCCAGCCAUCUACCUGCACGCCAUGAAGGUCGUGGGUGCCAAACCCGAGAGCAGUAUUGCCGUCGAAGACAGCAAGUCGGGCGCCAUGGCUGCCAUUCGGGCCAAGAUUCACACCGUCGCCUACGUGGGGAGCUACCCUGAAGAAGAACAGGAGGAGAAGGCGGAGAUGCUGAUGGGCUUGGGUUGUGAGGCUCUCAUGCACAACUGGUCCGAGUUCCCUGAUAUCCUCAAGAAGAUUGAGCAGGCAUGA